AUGUCCACACUGCCUGAAGAACGCGUCCUCAAACCCCUGGAUCCCGUUCCAGAAGACGUGAACGAAUGGCCUGAUUUUGCCUUGAGGGAUGUAAAAGUAUUUUAUCAGGGGAAAGGACGAUAUGCAGACUUGUUACACGCUUCCGAGGAAACACCACUUUGUGUUGUUGGGGAGCUGAUGCCAUUGGAUGAUGAACAUGACCAUUUAGUACUGAUUGAGAACCCUCUUUACGCGCGAAUAAAGAUCGAUAAUGUUACAAACUUUAGCUUUGGGCAGGACGAUGAUGGCAAACCUGUUAUUUGGGCUGCAGGAAAAGCAGGCUGGUAUGAAAUUUCGCCGUCUGAUCGCUAUCUGAGCCACUACAAUGAUACUGUCGAGGCCAUUGAUCUGUUUUAUUUCAUGGUAGAUCAACAUCAAAGGCUCCCUAAAACGCGGCAACGCUUUGGUUUUAGGAUAGAUCCGUUCCUCAAAGAUUAUCAAAAGCAUACGGGAUACAGAAUUGACGACGAUGACGAAGCCAUGGAGACAAUCCACAAACAUCACAGAUUCCUUCUCAAGCAGAUGAUUGAGGAGAGAGAAGGUAUAGAUUGGUCACAGACUUAUCUAUGGAAUCACCUUGCGGAAACAUACGCCGACGAGGUAGAAGAGCUCCAAACAACACUGUCUCGGCUCACCCAGGCAACCGCAGUGGAAGAACCGGAAAUGGGUGGUGGCGGUGACGACGGCGAUGACGAAUCGGAACAAGACUCUUCUUCCGAGUCAGAAGAAUCCGGAUCAGAACAGCAGUCCAAAGCAGACUCCGGAGACGACAGGAGCACAUCGACAGAAGUAAAACCCCCACCUAUCGACUGGACGAGACCUAUAUGGGAGAUGCUUAACAUUCUACGGAAGUCGGCAAACUUCAAUAUGAGACACUGCGGCAUUGAUGAAGCUGCAACCGAACUUGAGAAACUUCCGGCAUUCGAAGGCACACAUGAGGACGCCGUGGCCGCCUUCGAGCAUUCUGCGGAAGAAUUGCUCAGACUGAUGAACGAGGCCAAACUCCGCAAGAAGUUCAAUUGGUCUACUCGAAGAAUCUAUGACGAGCUAGAAGCCACGCUUGCAGAUGAAGUAGCUGAUGAAACCAUGAAGACGCCAGGCAAAUCAGCCAAACAGCGCCACCGCAUGAAAUCUGUCCUCCGCCCGAGUGGCGCCAUUAAGUCGCACAAACGCGCCAGAGCUGCCGACACCGUGGAUGAGGACGAGGAGAUGAGUGAUAUACCAGUCUCAUCCUCCAUGGUGGCUCGACGACAGGCACCCCCACUCCAUAGUCGUCUGCGAGAAACCACUGCAGACUCAGCAAGAAGUCGCGAGGACAGUCCUAGUCGUCAGCUAAAUGGUCAUUACGACCCAGAUGCAUUGCCCGAGCUCCCGCCAGUACCUGAGGCUCAGGAGCUUCUCGACCUGGUGGCUGAGGAAGCAAGGCGAGUGGGGAGACAGUACCAGGUAGGGCAUUUGCAGUCCUUCUUGGGACAAUGGGCACCUUGA